CCUCACGCUAUUCGUGCUCCGUAUUGCGUGAGAUCCGACAACAACCAUCGUAGGUCAAACUACGUCUCAUCGGCUGGACUGAAGGGACAAGUAUGGCGAAGAUGCUGCUGCAUACCUUCUUGGUGUCUUUGCUCGCCAGUCUGGCAUGGACUGCUUCCAUGCGACUGCCGUCCUUCCCCUUGGCAGUCAAGACUCCAUAUCUCUCCGUCUGGCUUCCUGGUCACCUGUCACACGACUUUCCCAGCGCAACGCCGCAAUUCUGGGAAGGCCAGCCGUUGACAUGGGUCAUCAUGGCUCGGCUCCACGACACCACGUACUGUCUCCUCGGCUGCCCAGGUGGCAGACCAGGCGUCAAGCAGGCCACGCAGAAAUCCCUCAACUUCACUUCCACGCACACGUACGUCACGCUGGAGGCUGGCUCGACGCAAUUGACCAUGGACUUCUUCUCGCCCGUUGACCCAGUCAAUCAUGUACGGCAGUCGCUUCCGUUCAGCUAUGUUACCGUCUCCGCGGCGGAUAAGCAUGGCAAGCCGGUGGAUGUGGGCGUCAUUUCUGCCAUUGAUGCUUCGUGGCUGGCUCAGAGGGGCGCUUCUUAUGCCGACAUCAGUCUGAACAAUGGGACGCACCUCCUCAUGCUCGACGGCGAAGACGGCGCCGAGUUCUCUGAAGACCGGGAGAUGGCCCUUUGGGGCAAAGCUGUCUUGGCUGGUGCAGACAACUUCAGGCACUCGAAGACAGCAUGUCGAGUUGGCAGCCCCGACGCUCUGUUGGGGAUGUUCAUUGAGAGCGGCGACUUGGCAGAAUUCGACGGAUCAAUGGAGCACGGCGGUCUUGCGGCAUGUUCGCAGCAGAUUCCCUCGUAUGAUCAUUCCCGAGCUGUCUUUGCUGUCGGGCUGUAUCAAGACAACGAGAUGCAGUAUUUCGACGGGGAAAAGAUCGAGCAUUACGUGGGGUACUUUCGCAGUCGGGUGUCAAAUAUCACGGAGGCUGUCAAUUACUUCCUGGACGACUAUGAAGAUGCUCUGGCUGAGUCUCAUAAGUUCGACCAGAAAAUCGUGGACAUUGGGAAGGUGACUUCAUCAAACUACUCUGAUCUUCUUGAGUUCACCAUACGGCAGUCCUUUGCUGGACAACAGGUGAUGAUCUCGGCGGAUACCCUAGACACCUCACACCCGUACUCUUUCAUCAAAGAGAUUUCAACAGAUGGCAAUGUCAACACUCUAGCGGACCUGAUUCCCAAGGCUCUGCCCGUCUUCAAUGUUCUCAACCCGGAGUACACUCGCAUGUUCUUGGAACCGGUGCUUCGCUUCUCUAAGAAUGCGUGGCCGCUCAAUCAUGCUGUGCAUGACAUUGGAAAAGCAUAUCCAAACGCCACUGGAGAGACACCAUGUAUCGAGGAGUUCUUACCCCUGGACUCGACAUCCGUCUUGUUGUGGAUGCUAUACCUCUAUCAAGACGCCACCGGCGAUACUGAAUUGACGGAAGACUAUGCACCAAUUCUACGCCGCUAUGCAGACUACUGCGUUAGAUAUGGACUCUACCCUAUCAUUCAAAGGUCUUCUGUCGAUGCACUCGGUGCUGCCACCAACCAAUCCGCCCUCUCAAUCUCCGCCGCAAUCGCUCUGAACGCUUACGGCAAAAUGACCGGCCAUGCAAACUACUCCGAAGCUGGUAUCACCAUGGCGCAGGAAAUCCUCGACAUUGGUCGUGAUGCAGGAAAGACGCAUUUCCUCGCCCACUACACAGACGACGACGAAUCUUGGGUGCUCAUGUACCCCCUCGCAUUCGACGCCUGGCUGAAGCUGGACACAUUCCCAAAGUCAGUGUACAAGACACAAUCCGAUUGGUACUCGCAACGUCUCUAUCCAUUCGGCGUUCAGUACCGACACAACAUCCGCUACACUCUCAUGGAGUGGAUGAUGUGGGUUGCGGCCGUGUCGCCUGAUCAUCUGCGAGACCACUUAGUCAAUGGCGUGCAUCGAUUCCUCGAUCAAGAUACCGCUGCUACGGAAUCUGUCCCCGGCCCUACGCAAUGGAGAGUCGUGCCUGGAGCGGAUGAGGGCGUCUGGACGCAUUUCAGCAAGGCGAAGUCGGUGAUUGGGUCGAUUUUCAUGAUUGCUGCUGUUCAGGGCGGAUUCAAUCAGACUUCUGUUGCAGUUUCGCGCAACAGACCGGUGUCUACGAUGGACAAGGCUGUCCCGCAGAGCUUUUUGCCAGUCGACGACAAAGUUGCGAGUGCUGGACCGCUCGUUGACUCCGAGCUCACCAUCCCCUUCUACCUGCCGAAGGGUGCAUCGAAGCCCGUUGACGCCGCUUUCUUGGGUCUGUCGUUUGACAUGGCAGACUUUCCCAAAUACAUUGGUGAGUGGAUGACGUCCUCGGAUUGCUUCGCCUACUAACUCGCAUGCCAGGAAAUACAUCCGCAACAAACAC